CACAAAUUGAGCGCUGACACAUCGCCCCCCUCCAACCACAGCGGCGACAAACACAAACAUCGCCUGUCUGUGCUGCUUGUGUGUCUCGCGCUUCAAAAGCCACCGUUCCUUCCCCACAUCACCCUCAUCACCAUCACAACGCGGGCGGGGCGAUGGACGAGCAGUGUCAGGCGCUGGUUGCCCGUAUCAACGGGUGUUCCACUGCAACGCAGAUCAAGGCGCUGGAGGAUGCCGUGCGAGAUCUUGUGGCGCAACGGGAUGAUCAGCAAGCAAAGGAGAUUGUGCGCAUCUUCAAGGAACGCAAGGCUCGCCUUGUCAAGGGAACGCGGGUGGCGUCCGAAUCCAUGCAUGAGAAGGAUGUGUAUGACUUUGAGUCCGUACCUUGGGAAGAUGACAUGGAACUUGUGCGUGCCGUCGUGAUGGACUCUGCAAAAGCGAAUCCCACCAAUGCGAGCCGCACCCAAAGACAAGGCGCAGGCGCCGGCAGCAGCGGCGACACUGGCCAAGGCCAAAGCGGCCCCGAUGCGUCGGCGAUUGAGGAAAGCGAGGUUCGUGGCGCCUCAAACCCAAUGGACGAUUCCAUCACCGCUGCUCCGGCCACCACCCCAACCGACAUCUGGAACACCCUCUUCCACCGCAACGACUACCUUGCCAUCCUAAAGUCCAAGGCAUUGAUGGGCGUGUUGACCACGUGUCCGUUCCGCGGCGUCUGCUGGCGGUUGUUCCUGGGGUCCCUGCCGGAGAAUGUGGACGAGUGGGCGGCGUGCGUGCAGGCAUCGCGGCAGGAGUUUGAGGCCAUUCGCAAGCAGCACAUGGUUGACCCGCGCGCGAGCACGAUGCAAGAUCUCACCGUCAACAACCCGCUUUCCCAGGACGAGCAGAGCCCCUGGUUCCAGUUUUUCCAGGACGAGGAGCUGCGUGACGUCAUUGUCAGGGACGUGACACGAACGUUCCCGGAGGUUCGCUACUUCCACACGGACCGCGUGUACGACAUGAUGACCCAGAUCCUCUUCUGCUACAGCAAACUCAACCCAGACAUCAGCUAUCGGCAGGGGAUGCAUGAGCUGCUUGCGCCGAUUCUGAUGCUGCUGGACCAAGAGAGCAUCAGGGUUGACGAUGCAGACAUCCGCCCGGCUGAGAUGCAGGUUGUGCUGAAUCGCGCGUAUGUCGUACACGACGCCUUUGCCGCGUUUUCCAAACUCAUGGAGAAAAUGAAGCCUUUCUUCGAAAUUGAAAACCACCGCCACAACACAACAGCCACCGCCAGCAACAGCAGACACCGAGGCAGCAACACCAACGGCAGGCGCUCGCAGAACACGAGCAUGAGCAGCAGCGUGUCGUCGCGUCGCGGGCUCUCCCGGUCCACGUCUGCCAGGGACUGGAUCAGAACGAAGCACGCGCGAGACUUUCAGCCCGACCCAAACAACAGGGACGACGAUGAGGACGACGAUGAGGACGAUGGCAGUGAUAGCGGUGAUGGCAACAGCGGCGGUGGUGGUGCGGUGCAGAGGAGCGUCUCGAGUCCUCCCAAGGAUUCACCACUGAAGGAGAAAUUGAACAAGCUGCAGCACGAGCUCGUGAGACGCCACGAUCCGCAAUUGUUUGCGCGGUUGGAGGAGUUGCAAAUCCCUCCACAGGUCUUUGGCAUUCGAUGGAUCCGCCUGCUUUUCAGCCGCGAGUUUGCGUUUGAGUCCACGCUGGCGGUGUGGGACGCGCUCCUGGCGGACUUUGCUCUCCUCGACUACCUCUGCCUCGCCAUGCUCAUGUACAUCAGGGACUACGUGCUCGAGCACGACUACGUGGAGUCGCUGAGCAUCCUCAUGCGCUACCCAAAUGUGCAGGACGUGCAAUAUCUCAUCCAAAAGGCCCUCCACCUCAGGCAACCAAAGUCCUACCCUGAUCCCGCCGGGUGGGCAUAUGUUCCGAAACCAGCGGCCUCAACCGAGCCAGAAGACUCUUCGCUCCAAAACUACAUCUCCCAGGCAACAGAAUGGACCAUGGGUCUGGUUGACGCGUACCUGCCCCACUGGAUAUCGUCCCCCGCCGACGUGCCCCCGCAGCUCAAGAACAUGCGAUUCGCGCCAACCGUCCAGGACUUUAGACAGUUGGAGAUGCUGCGGGUGCAAGAGGCGCUUGUCCGGCUUGGCGAAGAAAUGGAGGAAACCAUGGAGGAAAUGGACGCCAACAUUACGCAAGACGGCCGCGUUCGUGACUCGGACAAAAUGUUCCUCCUCAACGUCCAGCUUCGAAAGGUGUGCCUGACGCUGCUUGGUCGUCUCCCGCUGGAGGCGCGAAACUUCCCGCGCGUCGCAACAAAGGAGGAAGAAUCCGCUCUUCCAGCACACCUCCAGCAAGACAAAACCGCCAGCUCAACAUCUCCACAGCCAUCAUCAUCAUCAGCCGCGGUGCCAUCAUCAUCGUCAUCAUCGUCAUCACGUGCGCGUCACAAGACCGCCAGCGGUCGGCAGCAGCGCAGCGACGCGAAUCGCAGGAGCAAAGUAUCGUCCUCCAAACCGUCCAAGUCUCGUGGCAGCGGUGGUGGCAGCGGAGGUGGAGGAUUCUUCCGCAUGGGUCGACAGGCAAAGCCUCCACCGGACAUUCCCAUUGAGGGCGGUAACGUGAUGCAACUGCCGGAGGUGGCGUUUGAGCCGCUGUCAGUCAUAGAGGGGCACAGGGAAGUCCUACGCGAGAACUUUGGCACGCGGUAUGAGGCGUUUACAGCAGACGCGGACACAGAGGACCCAUCACCGCUCUGGCUGGCGCUGGCCAGGCUUCCAGAUGACAGACACACGCACGCGUCCAUUGCCGUGAAGUCCAGCGGCAGUGAAGGUGUUGGUGUUGUUGAUGGUGAUUGGGGACAUGAUGGUAGUGCAAGUGGUGGCGACGGUAGUGGUGAUGGUGGAGACGAUGGCGUGACGCAGCAGUUGCAGGAGGAGCAGGGGGAGGAGGGGAGCGGUGAGGUGGAAGCUUUGGCGUCAACUAAAGCACAGCGAGAAGAUGAGAAAGAGGAAGAAGAGCAAGAAGAGGAUGGUGAUUUCAGCACCGACAGUGCAAAGAAUGGCGAAGCAGCAACGGCUGGAGGGAGCAAUGCUGGCGACAGCGAGGCGAUACGCACAUGUGGACCCAAUGUUGCGCAGGAACUCGCACUCGCACAACAGGACGACGACGAUGAUGAUGACGAUGGUGAUGGUGACGAUGAUGACGUGGCGGGAGGGGAGGCGAGUAGCGCUGAGAAGGACAGCACGGCCGCCACAAGCAACGACGAACAUCAGCAGCAGCAGCAGCAGCAGCAAGGUUUGGAUCGAAGCAGCGGUGAUGGUGAUGGCACCAGCAGUCCUGAUGGCGAUGGAGGAGCGGACCGUCCAUCCUCCAACGCUCCGUCCAGUUUGUCGGAAUCCGUUAUUGUCGUUAAUGCAGACGACAUUGAAGCACCAAUGUGAUUGUGUGUGUGAUAGUGUGUGUGUGUGUGCGUGUGUGUUCGUGUGCUUGCGUGUGUGUUGAUUGCAUGUCUUUCCCUUGUUGUUUGGCAUCUUGGCUGGAGUUUGUUUGAUAGGGACACUUGUUGGUGCAGCGUAGGGUUGAUCGUUGGUGGAAAGCACGCAAGUACACGAGAAUGAAUGAACAAAAAGACAAUGCAGA